GUAGACACCAUUACUCCAACACAGCCCGCCUUCACAAUGCAGCGCACCUAUGGGCGCAAACGAUCGAUUCGAGAGGUCCGCCAGAAGGCCUCAAGUCCCAGUAUAAGCAGCGACGUUGACCAUGGCUCAAAACGUGUCGUAGCUAGAGGCUCAGACACCGAACCUGAAGACGCCUUGGUUGGCCCGGAACGGAGUGGCGGGACGGACACCGGGACGCUUCCAAGACACACUCGGAAACGACGUAAGCCCAAUGUCGAGAUUGUCUCUCCUUCCCGCCCAAAUGUACCGCAACAUCCAUCACCGUCCACGCGUUCAGGCCUCCGUAGCUCCCGCCAAUCGCCUUCCCCACCCCCAUCGGCGUCUCACCCCAUACAACGCGAUCUUUCCACUCUGUCUCUAACGGAGACCGGACCCGCUAAGUCGUUUCGUGAUCCCCAUCCACCCACUUCAAACUCAUUGGCAAAGGAGACCUCCGCACGUCGGCAGCCCUCCAGGCCGUCGAGUUCAACAUCACCCUCGAAACCAGCUGUAACUUCAACGCCGGUAGAAAAGCCCGCCAGCCGUAGCCGGGGUGGCGUAGUCAGACGCAUGCUUGCCCGGACGCAAACCGAGCCAGCGAACAUCUCCCAGGCGGCCAGCAAAGAACCCAAGACACCUCCACGCUCGCGCACGAUGGGAGAGACAGCAUCCGUGACCGCGUCCCCGUCCCGCCCGUCACCUGGCAAGAACCCGUCGACGUCGGCUCUGGACAUCGCCCCUUCCGGCCCAUCGCCCUCGAAACCGUCCACAUCGGGCAUGCGCACCUACGGCGGCGCACGGUCGUUCCUGCUCGCGAUACCCGCAGAGGAUGCACUCGGGCGGGGCAGCGUGGGUGGCGGCAUAGGCGGCGGAGCGGAGGAUCUGGAAGUGGGCGCGUCGUACACGGAGCUGCGGGCACGGUGGGGCGUCGAUGAACCGGAUGAACCGUUCGUGGCGAGUACUUCGACGUUCAAGGGCAGCUCUACGGUGCCGGGAUCGCCGUCGAAGAAGCUCGCGCGAUCGACUUCCGGGUCUGGGUCCGGGUUUGGUCUUGGGCCUGCGUCGAUUUCGGCGACGGACCUCGCGCAGAGCGCAGCGGCGGACUCGGGCCUGUGGAACGAUCUGAAAAGCAUCACCGAACUGCGGAGUAAGGGGGAGCGGAGGAGGUUCUCAGACGAGGUGGGGUAUCUGUUCGAAGGGCUAGGGCCCGAGGCAGCACCGGGGUUGCGGAGAUCGAGUGCCCUCGAGCUCGUGCGGAAAUUAUGCGAUCCCCAAUUCGCCCGUGUUGCCCGGGCCUCCGAGUUCGCCACGCGGGCGCUAUCAGCGUUCAUUACCGCCAGAGAAGCAGAAGCAGAUACGGUAUUGGACGCAACCAUAGCGGCCUUCUUAUCUCUCGCAGCACACGAUGUUCUCGUUCGUGCCGAGCCUGCCGUUCUCAAGUGCUUCAUAGGUUUAGCAGUCGGCAUUUUGUCCGGUCUGACGCCCGAACACGACGUCCUCGCCAGGGCACACACAGGACGUUCGAAUGGCAAAUCAUCGAUCGCAGCGUCUGCGCGUGCCAUGGGCCUGAGCAAAACUCAGUAUACCGCCCUUCGUGCCCUUGUUGCAGCCAUAUCGGAUCAACCGACCCACUUCGCACCCGCCUCUCAGGUCUCAACACGCCUGUUCAUCUCCAGCGCGCUCGCCGCCUUACCCAGAAGCACACUCGCCAACGAAGCAGCUUUAAUCGCUCCAGUGGUGUUGGACAGCUUACGGUGCGAGCUCGCGCUCGUGGACGUUCGGUUAGAUGCCUAUGAGCACGGUGGAUCGCUGUAUGCGCCUGAAAAGGACGACGCCUCAGCGAUUCGCGCUCCAUCGGUCGAACAUGCGGACAAUUGCAUGUAUAUUCUCGGCGCACUUGUUAUGGGAGCUGAUUGCACGGUCAUCGGCGUGUCUGACCGCGAUGCAUUUGCGAAAGAGCUCAGUGCUAUUAUUGCCUUUGCCGCCAUUGUGUUGCGCGAUCACGAGACGGAGGUAGAGGAGCGUUAUCCAGUAACCCGGUGCUUGUCCGCCGCUCUGCGUCUCAUGACGAUUCUCUCCUUGCGCGAUGACGGGUGGUGUGGCGUCUUCAGCGAGGACGCGACGCUCGUCGGCCUUGUCGUCCGCGUGGCCCUUCUUGUGCAACAGCAGUGGACUGCUGUCGCAUCCGAGGAACUCGGGAGCAAGUCGGGUUCCGAGGCAACGCAGGAAACCGAGGGGAGGGUCGAGGUCGACGAGCCACCGCUGGAGAGCGAAUCCACCGAGCUCUUUGACCUCCUGUGUCUUGCGCUUGGCGCGUGCAUGCGCUGGGUUACGGCCUCAGGAUCGGCCUCGCGAGCGCUGUAUCGCCACACCCGCUCAAGCACCGACUGCACGGGCACCCGCACAUGCGUACGCCGCUGCUCAUGCCGCAGCCCGCCAACGCUACUCGAAGGCCUCGCACAUCUACACGCCCAGACGCGCUCCCCGAGUCCGUCUCCAUCAGACGCGGACGAAGACUCCCCGCGCGCCCUCGAGCAGCACUUCUUCCGCGGCUACGUCGCCGUCCUCCUGGGCGUCCUGGUGCAGCAGGACAGCACGAGCGAGCGCCUGGUGCUCGCGGUGCUAAGGGGCGCCAUGCGCGGCCCGCCGGCGGCGGCGCUCGUCGAUGACUGUCGAGUUUUCGUGGAGCUGUAUCAGCAGGUGAAUGCGCAGCUUGUUAAGCCCUCAGCGUCUUCAGGGGAGGGAUCGCCGGCUGCGGGUGGUGAGGGAGGAGGGGAAGAGCUUGCUAGAGAGGCUAUUCGGACUUGGGAGAGGUUCUCGGCGCGUCGCGCCCCGCCGCGGAAUUUGCACCGAAAACACACCCGCUCGCACUCAAAGCCUCUCCUGCCCUCGCCAUUCUCCCCAGUGCCCCCCACAAUGCGCGCCGUAUCAGCCGAAGCGACAAAGCUCGUCCGCUCCAUCCUCGCCGAGUCCCCCGUCGCGCUCUCCACCGACGAAAUCUUCAAGCAGGUGCUGCUGCACCGCCGCGCCAUGCCCGAGAACGAGUCUCUGCGCGCGCCCAGCACCAACGCAGAGACCGCGGCGGCAGGUCCGCGCCCAGGCUCGGUGGAGGAGUUCAGGCAGGCGCGGGCGCAGAAGCGGGCGGACGCGAAGGACUUCGAGAAGGGGCCCGUGAGGACGAAGAAAGAGCUGCAGAUGAUCGUCCUCCCCACGCUCACCUCCCGCGGCCUCCUCACAAAGAUCGGCGCGGGCGUUCUCCCCGCUUCCGAGCUCGCCGCGCGCUUCCCACUCACACCCGGGCUCACCACCGCCGGCGCCGACCCGUCCCCACCGUCGCACCCACAAAAACACAACAAACACACCCCCACCCCCACCCCGCCCGCCUCCCUCUACCUCUGGAAACUGCGCACGCCCCCUCUCACCGCCACCACCCGCUCGGUCAACUCAGCGCUCGAGCUCGGCCUGCGGCCCGUGACGCCCGCCGACGUCGGCGCGGACGCGGACUGGACGCACCUCAGCCGGCGGCGGCGCCGUGCGCGCGAGGCGGCGGUGAGGCGGGACGUGGAGGAGACGCGCGAGCUGCAGGAGGAGCGGAUGCGCGCGGCGGCGGAGGCGCUGGCGGCGAGGAGGGAGCGCGUGGGUGCGCCGCAGCUUGAGGUGUGAGGUGUGAGGUGUAGGGGAAGGGCGCGGUGGUGAUGGUUGUUUUCGCUUAUAGACUAAAUGCGUGUUGAACGUUUGAGGGUCAGAGAUGCUAAUAGGGAUGAUAAUUGACACCCGCUAUCACUUUGCGAGGCGAAGGGAGCUGCAAGGAAUCGUGCAAGCUAGCCAGAACCCACCUUGCGAUUGUGCUUUAUAUCUCGUACCGACUUUGUUUGAACGACUUGC